UCGGUAUUAACGAAGUUUAAUACGGAAACCGUAGUUAUAUUUUGGGAUUCAACUUCGUAGCUGAUCAUAACGGCAGCUUCCAUGUAAACACAAUUAUUAUCAGGUUAUCCCCGUUAGCUUCUGAUAUAAAUAACAGACAGAUGAAUGCAUUAAGUAAAUGAAACAGUGUUACGCAGCUACAAAUGGAUUCAGUUAUUAUUACGUGUAAUUCAUGUUUUGUUUAGAUAGUAUUGCUAAGAAUAUUUCCCGUUUCAGUAAACUGUGACGUGGGCUAUUUACAGUGUAAAAUCCACUGGUUAACAGUAUUCUGUUAUACUGGAAUGCACUAUUAACUGCAUCUGAACAAUACACAGCAGUAACUUACAGCGGUAUCUGAUAGCUGAAAUACUGUCGUACUAAGACAGUUAUGCUAAAUCUGGUUAUAUUUGUUUACGCCAGUGAUGUGCAGUAUAAAUUUAUGUUGUUAUGAAAAUGCUAAAUUGUGGGAAUAGGUUAUGUAAAUACUUGUUAUGGGUUGUGAACUACAGAUGAUUUUGAAAUAGUUUCUGUAAAUGGAUUUCAUUUUAUGGGAGAAAAAGAGAAACUAAGCCAGAGGAAUAAUAUUGUCUAAUAAUGACGGAUACAGCCUGCUGAACAGACACAGCUAAUGUCUCCUGUCUCUACUUCACCUGUACAAACAGGACAUCACAUCUGGUUUAGGUCGCAUCAGCUGAGAGGCUUGUAACACAGACAGAUGCAGAAUAGAGUGCAAAAAGUGUGCAAAACAGUUUCAAAAAUAUAAAGAGUACAUAACUCUCAAUAACAGUUUUAAAAUAAACAAUAUACCAAAAUACAGGCUACGUACAUAUCAGCAUAGUGGUGGAAGAUGAUGAUUGUGGGUACUUUAUCUCAUGGUGAACUCUGUCCAGAAUACACGCAGAGCAAAGAGGAAAUACAAGUCAGUUAAUCUUUGACUGGUUAAUGAUUAUUUUCCCAGGAGUGUCCUUUUGAAAUGAUCAGGUCAUACCAGGCUUUUGUCCUGACAAACCACCAUGACGUUCAGAGAGAGUCUCUCCGCUUGCAUCCUGCUGGUACUUUGUGCGACAAGCAGUGUAAAUGGAGGGAACAUUUUGGUGUGGUACGCUGACGGCAGCCACUGGAUUAACAUGAAGCCUGUGCUGGAGACCCUGAUCGACAGAGGACACCAGGUGACGGUUCUGGUGCCAAGUACAUCAAUGUUUAUGAAUGCCAGUGAGCCGUCCCGCUUUCGCUAUGAACCAUUCAACGUCUCUGUGUCAAUGGAGGCCAUGGAAAAGUUCAUGGAGGACUCCCUUCAAUUUAUCCUAUAUGAGAUGGAGCAUAUGAGCUACUUGCAGAUUUAUAUUAGGUUCACAGAGAUAAUGAAGAUCAGUGUGCAGAAUUCUUUUAAGUGUUUGGAUGGUGUGCUGAAAUCAGACAUCAUCAUGAAGAGGCUGAAGGAGGGGAAAUAUGACCUUCUCCUGGCUGAUCCUGUCUUCCCUGGCAGUGACUUAAUGGCAGAGAUUUUGGGUAUCCCCCUCGUCUUCUCCAUGCGCUUUUCCAUUGCCCAUUACUGGGAGAGGUAUUGUGGUCAGCUACCUGCUCCACCUUCCUUUGUCCCCAGCACUACGAGCAAACUGACUGAUAACAUGGACUUCUUUGAGAGAGUGUGGAACUUUCUCCUCUAUGCACUGCAGGACACUGCAAUCACCAUGUUUUGGAAAGAGAUAGAUAACUAUUACUCUGAAGUCAAAGGAAGUCCCACCAGUGCCUGUGAGUUGAUAGGUAGAGCUGACAUCUGGCUGAUGCGGACCUACUGGGAUUUUGACUUCCCUCGUCCUUUCCUCCCCAACUUCAAAUUUGUUGGUGGGAUCCACUGCCGACCUGCUAAACCUUUACCAAAGGAUAUGGAAGAGUUUGUGCAGAGUUCAGGAGACGCUGGUGUCGUGGUCUUCACUUUGGGAUCAUUCAUCAAGAACAUCACCAGAGAGAAGGGAAAUAUGAUCGCCUCGGCCCUCGCUCAGAUCCCACAGAAGGUGUUGUGGAGGUACAGUGGAGAAAAACCAGAGACUCUGGGUGCCAACACCAGAAUAUAUGACUGGAUCCCUCAGAAUGACAUACUGGGUCAUCCCAAGACCAGAGCUUUCAUCACUCAUGGUGGUGCAAAUGGGAUAUAUGAGGCCAUCUACCACGGUGUUCCCAUGGUGGGCAUCCCCUUGGUUGCUGACCAGCCAGAUAACUUGGCCCAUAUGAAGGCUAGGGGAGCUGCAAUUGUCUUAGACUUGAACUCAAUGAAGACUGAGGACCUCAAAGAUGCAGUCAAUGCUGUCAUCAAUGAGAAAUCGUAUAAGGAGAAUGUCAUGCGGCUGUCCAGUAUCCACCAUGACAGGCCCAUAAGCCCUCUGGAUGAGGCUGUAUUCUGGAUAGAGUUCACCAUGAGACACAAGGGGGCCAAGCACCUGAGGGUCCAGGCCCAUGAGCUCACCUGGUACCAGUAUCACAGCCUGGAUGUCCUGGUCUUCCUCCUUGCCAUCGUUCUGUCCCUCAUAUUCCUCUUCAUCAAGUCCUGCACUUUCUGCUUCCAGAGGUGCUGUGGCAGAAAGGGAAAGACAAAGAGAAAGACUGAGUGACUGAAACAAUUGAAAUGUAACUGGUAAAGAAUUAAUGGAUGAAAAAAACAGUUCACUGGGUGUCCUGUUGGUCUGUAACAUGUCAUUAAAGCACAGUGUCCUGGAUUGGAAUUUGUAGCUUUGUAACAACCAAGAAGGCAAGACAUUCAAAAAAUCUGUUCAUAGCGAGGCAGUGUUUUUGCAAACGCCUUUUGGAGCAGUCAGUUGAGCCUGAAAAACUAUUAAAAUACUUUGUUAGCGUCUAAAGACACAAUCACUAUGUAUUUACUUUCCAAUACGUGUGGACAUUCUUCUUGUUUGCUCUCUCACACUAAUGGAAUUGGGGAUGCCCCUAUGGUAAAUAAAGAACAUCAAGUGUCAUCUAUUGUUCCCUUCCUGUGAAAAACAUUUCAUGCAGUGUAGUAAUGGAUGCUUUUAAAAUGGAGAAAAUGCAGCACAAAGCCAUAGAGACUGCCCUGGUAAAAAAUGAAUUGGUCUCCAUGUACCUCAAAUGCUUAAUCACCCAGUAGUUUCCCUUUGUGUUUUCAUUACAGUAGUAGUUAUACUUACUUACACGAAUAUCUGAGUCAAAUAAUAAAACAAUUUUAUUCUUAAGCAGGAUUGAAAGCUGUUUCAGCAUAAAUGCUUAAGGAUUUUCUGUAUACUGGUGCUUCACUAAAUGCCCCUCAGACAGCAUGAGUCCACAGCAUGAAUCACUUCACUCACACAGGGCCAUGUGGGUUUGGAUUUUUCUUCAACCUUUCAUAAUAAACACCUUCUUUUAGAAACU